UUCCAAGAAAAGUUGUGCCAGUUUAUAUAAAGCUGGGUUCAGAUAUGAUGGUGUAUUUACAAUCAACCCAGAUAACUCGGAAUCUUUCCAAGUCAGGUGUGACAUGCAAACAAACGGUGGAGGCUGGACAGUGUUUCAAAGAAGACAAGACGCAAGUGUGGAUUUUUAUCGCGGUUGGCAAUGGUAUAAAGAUGGAUUUGGUGAUUUGAACGGAAAUUUCUGGCUUGGGUUGGAGAAAAUACAUCGUUUGACAAAAUCUGACCAAAAUAUUCUUAGAGUCGACUUGACAGAUUUCACUAACGAAAAAGCCUACGCAAAGUAUGGAACUUUUUCUGUGGCCACUGAAUCUGAAUUCUAUAAAUUGAAAGUUAACCACUUUUCAGGUAAAUAUAAUCAUAUAAGAAAUAAUUUGAAAAUUUUAUGCAAUUACAGCAAUCUAACAAUUGUUGAAGUAGGUUGACCGUGAUAUGAAAAAUUAUCUAGGCCGAAGUUUGUGUCACAAGCUGAAAAUGGAGGACAGAAUAUUCUGCAUGUUCAGUAAAAUUGAAUUCAAUAAUUGUUAUAUUAUUUGUAAAAGUUCACAAUUGAAAUUUUUCCCAGAAUACAAUGACCAUGCAUGCUCAAAGGUUCGUAUCCCAUGUAUACUUCAAAAUAUCUGUGGAAAAUGACAUGGUUUCUAUUUAGGCCAGCACUUAUACAAUAUUAUCUCCCAGAGAAAAAGUGGCAGAUUGGGAAGCCAUCAUUGUAGUAAGGACAUGCAGUCAUAGUCUCCCUAUGCGUUUUGAUUAUAUUUUGGUCUUCCUCAGCCACCGCUGUGUAUUUUACGUUUAUGACUGUACGCAGGAUUUUUUCACAAGGGGGCAGUGAGGCCUAUUUGCCAAAAAACGUCCCAAAUAUCCAAAGAAUACUUAAUAAUGACAUUCUAAAAAUCGUAAAUAUAGUUUUCUCAGGGGGGAGCAAUUGCGCCGCUUCCCCUCCCUCCUCUGUGCACGGCCUUGUUUACGUAUAGCGGCAUUUAGCGGUUCCGUUUGGAGAGCCGAUUAGUUGUUGUGUCUUACGAUCCACAUUCAACUCCUCCCCCCUCUUCCCAAAAAUAAAUACAACUUCCCACACCUUAAUUAAUUACAAAAGCAUGUUAAUAUUUAUGUUAAAAUAUUAAUAAGCUUUGAAUUCAUUCAUUUACCGUUUCGUAACUUUUCUGUUUACCUUAAAAUUGUUGUGAAAUUUAAAGUUUUCGAAACAUUCAAAUAAUUUUGUAGAACAACUCACAAUAGCGCUGUCCACAAUUGACGUCAAGAAAAUUCGACCCCCCACCAAGACUCAGACAAACAUUGGAAACACUUAGGAGCUUGCUGUGAGUUAGUUUGAUAGUUUGAUGAUUUGUUUACAGUUUAUUCGUGCGAAAUCAUACACACCUUGUACUUUUCGCUUUACCUGAAGUGCCAGUGCAAAAUAUUUUUGCUUUGGAAGUAGAAAUAUAAACUUUUUCGUCACUUUAGUAUCGACUGUCAUGUCGUUUCUAUUAAUAUAGGCGGUGUUACUGUAUUAAUAUGUUGUUGAUUUCAUGUUACUAUUAAACUUAUAUUUACUCGCUUUAGUGUCAUUAUUUUAUUGCUUUAAAAGUCUCUUUUAUUAAUAGCAAAGUACAAAGCCAAAGAAGCUAGGAUUGUUUACUAUAAUCUAUUCACUACAUAUUCAACUUAUAAAAUACGGUUUUAUUAGGAAUAUAUAAAUUAAAAUUAAUACUUUCAAAUUUAAACUUUUUAUAAAGUGUCAAAGAUAAACUACAAACUAUAUAAAAUCUCAAAUAUAAAACUUCCGUUGACCAGUAAAACUAUUUUGUUUUGACAAUACAACAAAAAUAUGUUAUUAUAAAAACUGACAACAUUUUUAUUUAUCUAUUUUUAAAUAUUCAGUUUUGUAAAAUAGAGAACCAUCCUUUAAUUACAGUAUAGACAGGUUUAUUACAUAUAAACAUUGCAGCCAAUAGGCUGAAUUACGUUUAUAUUUACAAGUUAAGAAAAUAUUAAAAUACUAUACAACUAAAUGUCUCUAAAAGGAUCUAAGAAUGUUCUAAUAAUUUUAUGAUGAAUAAUUUAAUGCGUUAUAUAUAAUAAAGCUAUUUUUAAAACGGUUAGUCUGAAAUGCAACGUUAAAUCUAUGACUGGAUCUAAGAGUCAUAUGAACAGUUUCAUUACGUGGUGGAAGAAGAUUAUAAAGCUUAUGGCUAUCAUCAGUCACUAUUUCUUCAAAUAGUUUGUCUGAAAGACCGUCUCUUCGAUGGCUGAGUCGUUGGAGGCCAGUUGAUUGUAAAGCGUCUUCAUAUGAGACCCAAGGUAAGAUAAUUCGCAAUGCUCUCUUUUGGAUCCGCUCCAAAUCCUGACUGAGGUAAUUUGUCAAACCAUUAUGGAAUACAGGACUUGCGUAUUCUAGGAUUGGUCUUAUGCACGUUGUAAAGAAUAGGACAAGUUCUUUCGUGCCAACUCUCGCUCUCUUAAGUUGGGAGAGGAAAUAGAGACGCUUUCGCGCCUUCGAUAUAAUUUGGUCAAUGUGAUUGUUCCAUUUCAAAUUGUUAGAAACCGUCAGACCAAGGAUUUUAGCACUCUCGACCACUUCCAACAUUUCUCCAUUUACUAUAAUAGGGUCAAACAUUGCUCUUGGUUUGCAGAAUCCGAUUCGUAACUCCUUGCAUUUAGUUUCGUUAAGUUUGAGUUGGCUCUCAAAGGUUUGUCUUGUUAGGUCAUCUAGAAUGGUUUGAACUUUACUUUCUUCGUUUUUCCCAACAAUUUCGUCUAAAGUUGUAUCGUCCACAAAUUUCCAUAUAUUACUAUCAUUAAUCUUUAAGUCAUUUAUCAUUAUGAUAAACAGCCACGGCCCCAACUUAGUGCCUUGUGGAACACCAGCUGAAAUGUCGGCCCAAUCUGAAUAAGAAUUUUGAUUUAGUUUGACCCGUUGUUUUCUUCCUGUGAGAAAGUCUCUGAUCCAUUUAAACACCCAUUGAGGUAAAUCAUACGUCUUUAUUUUGGAAAGUAGCAAGUGGUGGUCGAUCAGGUCAAACGCCUUUUUGAAGUCGAAUAGUAUAACUCUAACAGUUGCCCCCGUUCCAUCUGUGGCUGCGUUCCACUUAUGAAUCAUACUCGGGAGGGCGAACACGGGGCUUGAUCUUGGGAUCGCACCGUUUUGAUUAGGAUCAGCUCUACGGAGCACGGCUGGUUUUACGAAUUCGUCGACAAUAUAAUCCUCAGCCACUUUAGAAAUUAUGGGUGUCAGCGAAAUUGGGCGCAAGUCUUUGUUUACUUCUUGAACUGGUUUCUGUUUGGGGAUUGGAACGAUGUCUGCGCAUUUCCACGAUUGAGGGAGACUCGCUUCUUGGUAUAGAGCUGUUGAGAAUAUCCGAAAUUGGCGCACCUGAAAUGUCGGAAUUCUCCUUCAGCAACCAGGCCGAGAUACCGUCAGGUCCUGUUGCUUUAGUUUUAAUUAGGUUGGCUAGCUUCUUGCUGACGGACAUUUCAGAUACGUGGUACGAUCGUAUAUUUUCUAUUGGUAUAUCAUCACCAGUUUCCGGAAGUAGAGCAUCAAAAUUUUUGUAGGUUCUAAAAAUGUUUUGUUGUUUUGUCUUCCAAUUCAGUUGGAUUGUUUUCAGAUCCACAAUCCAAGUUCCGUAAGAGAUUGGGUCUACUCGAACCUGUGACGAGAUACCGCUCAGUUUUUUGGCUUCUUUCCACCACUCCGCCCGUGAACAGGUUUUUAAAUAUUCAACCUUCGAUGAAUAAAAUUUUCCUCAGCACGACUUGCGUUGUCGAUUGACUUGGUUUCUUAAGGAAUUAAACAGUGUUUCAUCACCACGAGCUAGAGCGGCUUGUCGGUGUCGGAUCAUUUUUUUUAAUGGUUGAGAGAUCCAAGGGGGGUCAUGGAGACAUUCAAUUUGGAUUUUAAGGUAGUAAUGUAUCUUGUCUAUAGUUAAUUAUUGAUUCGAGCAUUUCUACCUUUGCAUUACAUGAGUUUUGCGUUUCGAUUAGGCCCAUAAUAUCCACUUCUUCUAAGUAUUUCCGCAUUAUCAGCCGUUUCGUGGGUCCCGGGAGAUCGUAUAAAAUUUCGCCUUUUGAUUAGCUGGUCUCUUCAAAGGUUUAAUUUCGACUGAUAAAUGAUCGCAGAGGCCAAAAGGUGGACGUUUAGUUGGUUCAUCAUAAACCUGUUUCAUGUUGGUAAGUACCAGGUCAAGGGAACUAGAGCCACAAGUUGGAAAUUUGGCGAUCUGGCAUAGUUUGAAACUAUUUUUCAGUCUGGAAAGGUUUAGUUUAUUGAAGUCUCCAAGGAUUAUUUUGCCACAAUUGGUGAAUCGUGCCUCAAUUAUUGUUAAAGCCUCGUACAAGUAGUUAAUUAAAUCCUGAUCGUUUCCUGUAGGGGGGGGGGGUGGUAAAGAUUGCAUAGUAUAAUACAUGAUAUACCUCUUGGGAGACGUAGAGGUUUUAGCUUUAGCCAAAUGGCUUUGAAAUCGUUGCUCACAAGCUCUGAUAAAAUAUCGUACUUUACAGCAUUUUUAACGUAGACACAAACGCCAUCGUGUUCGCCUUGAUAUCUAUCGCGUCGUACAAUGUUGUAACCGGAGAUUUCGACGAUAUUAUCGUGUAUAUGAUUUUGGAGCCAUGACUCCGUUAUACAGAUGAGAUCUACAUCAAUUUGUUUAGAUACCUCACGAAGUUCAUCAAUUUUAGGAGCGAGAGACAUCACGUUGGACAACAAGAUCGAAGGAACAAAUAGAUUCGGAGACCUAGGUUUUUCUUGUGGUUUAGUUUGAAUAGCUAUGCAGUUUUUAGGAUUAUGGCCAGAGGGGCGGUAGCUUGAACGUGGGUCAGUUCUGACAGUAUUAUCAUUCGGUAACAUUGGCGUACAGACCCGAUCUAAUAAAGACCAGGUGGUCUCGUCGGGACUUCCAUUAAAGAGGGGAGAUAUAUAUCUGGAAUGGGCUGAUGAAAAGUUGAAAGUCUCAUAGUAGGUGGAAAAGUUUGGAGAGGGUGCAACAUUUGUUUGUGAAAAAAAGGUUGAAAAUUUUGCCACUGAUGGUUUUGUAUGCGUUGCCUGGAUAGGUAUUUACAUGAAGGAAAUAACACUUAGCGCCUUUGAGACAAUGGCCUUAGCUACGAAGAAAGGGACAAGGGAUUAAGUGUUUAGGUUAUUUGAUUCGCUCGCUUCAUUGGUUUCAAUAGUAUUCUCUUUAUUAUUUAGCUCUUGCUCAGCAAUUCGUUCUUGCAUAUAAUUAAGUUUUUUCUCAACUUGAGGCUCGGUGUUUCUCCGACUUUUAUUCAUAUUCUCUUGAUUACUUGAAGUUUUGCAAGAACUUCGGUUAUAUGAACAAGUGAAUCGUAUAGUGUUUGUAUGGCUUUUGUGUUAAUAGUCUGGCCGGUCUUAAGUUCCUCAAUAUUUGAACGUUACUUUUGCAGACACGACUUUGUGAAGUGUCCUGGUCGGUCUCGCAUGAGUUAUCUGAGCCAUUUACAACAACAACUUCACUAAAGCCUAGUUUCCAUUUGGUCGUUAGUUGUCGCUUGCACGACAAGCGGUAGAUGUGAAACAGUAUAAUAUAAUAAGUCUUUUUGUGUGAUAUGCAAAUCAGUUUUAAUGAUUGCAGAUUUUUUUGUUGACACUCUAUUACAUCAGCCACUUGUCGUGCCAGCGACAACUAACGACCAAAUGGAAACUAGGCUUAACAGAGUCGUUCACAGCGACACCCUCGGUAAAACUUUGACACAUCUUGAAGCAAAGAAGUUGUGCAAUUUUUCCCGUCUUCAAGGUGCAGUAGAUUUUUGUUCUUUCUCCACGAGAUUAAGAUGUUGUUCGAUUUAAAUACCUUCUUGUCGCCGCCCGGCUGCUCCCAAACACCGUCUAGGUUUAGAUCUUUACCUACGAAACACUUUAAGGAUUCGUAGUCCCCGUUCCAAGCGAAGCAUAGGUUGGCAAUUGUUGAUACCAUAUUUAUAAUCUUAUAGCAAUAAACAGUAAAAAGCAAUCAUGAAAAUUUCAAGCAACAGCUACAGAAAGCACUGCACGCUGAUAUUUACUAUAUGACGUAAAUACUACGUAAAGUACAUGUAGAUGCAUAAACAAUGCUUUUUCUGUGUCUGGAUAAACUUCUCUCAUAAGUUUAACAACAGACUCUCACUGAAAACGACGCGGCGUCCCAGACUCAUAUUUUGAGCAUGAUCCAUCUCAAUGAUUAUACUGUCGAUUAACUUAUACGAUGGUUAAAAUGUAGAGGCUUAUAGCAAAGUGAUAAACGCCAAGUUCUUCUUCAGCGAUUUUAAUAGUGAUUGCAUUUAAUAGUUCGGGAAAGCAUCGUUCGCUGGAUGUACUGACGGGGGGAAAUGGUUGGCUGCGAAAGAUCUUGGAGAAAAACCAGCACAGUCCGCAGUCAAAAACAAUCAACGCAUUGCUACUGCAGACAUUUCCGUCGGACUUUUCAAUUCCCUGCGACAGUUUUGGAAAAGGUAUAAACACCUUAAUAAAGCUCUCAUUUCUUGAAGCGAUUUCGGCAGUUUUUCUGAAUAUCUAGUCGAAUAACUUGGACAUGUUCCCAGCAACAGUGCUUAGCAUUAACCAUGCUUGUAAUUUGGAAUAAAUUUGAAUUCGUUUUAGUACAGAUAAAAUAAAUAAAAACGUCAAUUUAGACCAAUUUAUUUAUGUUCACUGCAAGUACAAUUCUAUACAAAAUGAUAGUUUGUUUGUCUCAUAUAAGGUGGCAACGUGAUGUUACAUAUAGGGGCAUGUUACAUAUAGGGGGAUGUUACAUAUAGGGGCAAACAUAAUGACGUAAUGUUUAAUUAAGUGACGAAAUAUUUUCAAGUCAAUUCCAGUACGAGUCAUGUUACAUAUAGGGGCAGGGGUGAAAACCUUAUGUUACAUAUAGCGGCACGCCUAGAAACCUUAUCGUACACUCAUAUAGGGGUGAACACGUUAUGUUACAUAUAGGGGCCGGGGCGAAAAACUUAUGUUACAUAUAGGGGCAUGCACGCGCGAAAACCUUAUCUUACACUCAUUUAGGGGUGAACACUUUAUGUUACAUAUAGGGGCAGGGGCGAAAAACUUAUGUUACAUAUAGGGGCACGCGCGGAAACCUUAUCUUACACUCAUAUAGGGGUGAACACCUUAUGUUAUAUAUAGGGGCAGGCAUGAAAACCUUAUGUUACAUACAGGGGCAGAGUUAUAAUAAACCUCAUCUUUAAUACAAUGAUCUAGGGGAGAACAUCUUAUGUUACAUAUAGGGGCAGGCAUGAAAACCUUAUGUUACAUAUAGGGGCAGGCGGAAAACCCUAUGUUACAUAUAGGGGCAGGCGUGAAAAAGUUAUGUUACAUAUAGGGGCAGAGUUAUAAACCUUAUCUUACACUGAUAUAGGGGUGAACACCUUAUGUUACAAAAACGGGCAGGCGUAAAAACCUUAUCUUACACUGAUACGGGGGUGAUCACCUUAUGUUACAUAUAGGGGGGAAAGCAGACUUAAAGGUGUUUCAAUAAAACUUUUUAUUGAAACACCUUUAUUUUUAAUAAAAAUCAUACAUGUAAUUUUUAUAAACUAAGAAUACUGAAAUCUUUCAGAUCAAUUAACAAUAUAUUUAUAACUUAUUAGUAUUAGUAUUCAAUCUAUUUCUGGUUGGUUUAAACAAAUGACGGGUAAUGUUAGAUUAAGGCCCCAGUGACACGAUACCGGAUUCGUAUCGGAGUGACAUCGAUUUAAGGUGUAUUCCAGUCUUGUCUGCUAUUACAACUUUUCAUAUAUGAAGUUUUUGUUAAAUUUUAAGUGCCAAAUUCACCUCGAGUAAAAUUUGAUGUCGCUCCGAUGCGAAUCAGGUAUCGUGUAACUGGGGCCUAGAAGUCGUCUAUUAAGAAACUUUUUAACAGCAACUAGUAAAUUUGAUUGCAUUUCCGGGGCUCUGGGAGGUUUCAGAUUUCAAUAUUUCCCGGGGGAACAUUCCCGCGGACCCCCCUGACAAACUCACACGUUCGCGGUUCGCUACAGCCCCCUUAAUCUAAAAAUGGCUCCAUAGUUGACUUCCAUCGGAAAUUCCACAAGCUUCCAUGGCUAGCAGGUGGUCGGUACAAGCUCGUUCGUCAGUCGGUUAAAAUGACCUUACACCACCCUGAAAAAUUUCCUGGGGACGGCCCUGACUUUAAUUAUAAUUUAUUACAGUGAUAGAUUUAGAAUUUGCUCGUUGAGGAAAUGGUAAGGUACCAUUUUAAUCAUUUCAAUCAAAGAUUUUAAACAACGACAAUGCCGAGCGUAAAUAUAAUGAAAAAGAAAAUUUGGAUGAAAUCUUUAUAUAAAAUUUCUUUAAAUUCCUUAUAUAACAAUUCAUAAUGAAAAUUCGAAAGAGAUUUGUGUUUAAUUCAUCUCUGUAAUGAAUAUCAGCCUGUCUUCAGAUCGCGUGAUCAUGCUUUAAAAUUACAUAUAAAUUAGAGUUUUAUAAUUGCACCUAAUGCAUCGAUCAAUGUUUUUCCUAAGAUGGUCAAAUUUUAGUGCUUACAAUAUAUUUUAAGGUAAUGCUGGAGAUUCGUUGAGUUAUCACAAUGGAAUGAAGUUCUCCACCCAGGACAAAGCCAAUGAUCAAUCGGGAGGCAACUGUGCUGUGUCGUACAACGGUGCUUGGUGGUAUAACCACUGUCACUACUCCAACCUCAAUGGUCAGUACCUGACGGCAGGUGAGAGAUCAAACUUGGGGAUUAACUGGUACCACUGGAAAAGUGACGUAAGAUCUAUGAAGAAAACAGAGAUGAAAACACGACCUGCACAAUUUUAG